CAGCAAUGGCGUCGCCGUCGACCCUAAUUACAUCAGUCAUGUCAACCAGCAGACGAGCUACGACGACCCGCGGCAGUCUCCCGCGCUGCUUGACGACACGGCAGACAUCACGCCGCGAGAGGUCGUGCUGCGACGUCACAGCGAGCUCGGCUUCGGAUUCGUCGCUGGAAGUGAGAAGCCGGUCAUCGUGCGAUGUGUCACGCCUGGUGGUCCGAGCGUGGGAAAGCUCAUGGCUCAGGAUCAGAUUCUCAAGAUUAACGAGGAAGACGUGAAGCACGUGGCGCGAGAGCACGUGAUCAACCUGGUGCUGUCCUCUGGCGAGACGCUCACUCUCACCGUCUGCCAGCCAAACCUGAACAUCAACUCGAACCUCCUAACGGCUGCCAAGCGCAAGAAGAAACCCGGCGGCAACGCUCGCUCCGUAAGAUUCGCGGGCGUUGUUGCUGUCAAUGGCUCUCCUCUCAUACAAGAUCCAUCUAAUUACAAGAGCUGCAUACCGUUCAUGCCUAACGUGCUGAAGGUGUUCCUCGAAAACGGACAAACGAAAUCUUUCAAAUACGACAAGCUAACCUCCGUGAAGGACGUAAUGGUAUCUCUACAAGAGAAACUCUCCAUCAAGUGUGCGGAGAACUGUUCUCUUGUGCUCGAGCAGAAGAUGAAAAACUCACACAAAGCCCGCGAGUACAUUCUGCCGCCGAACGAAACCUUAUCGGAGUGCUGUGUGGAUGUCGUGGAAGAUCGAUUCUAUCCGCAACUACAGCCCGAGGUCAUUCUCAGACUGGCGGCUCUACAGAUGCAGGAGCAAGCGGCCAGCAACAACGUUACCGGCAAAAUAUCCGUCAAGGACUACGAGCAGGAACAAGGCUUUGAGAAGUAUAUUCCUGAGAGCGUGCUGCGUGGCUCCAAGAAGAAGGAGAUUCGUAAGGCACUCGCUCACUAUCUGAAGGUGAAUCAAAGCCUCGCAGCGCCCGGACACAAGAACCUCUCAGUACUACAGGCUAAGCUUCACUACCUGAAAAUACUGAGUGACCUGCCAUCUUUCGGCGUAAGAUAUUACAACCUCGUGCUCAGGGCUACUCAGUCCGACAUAGCGAUCUCAGUUGGUCCGAAAUUCGGUAUCUGUCAGCUGUCCCACGCAAAGAACUACGUGCCGACCGUACUAAUGCUCUACGAGGACAUGGCGGCCAUUUCAUUCUGCAAACAAGGAGAGUACAUACACUGUGUCGAGAUGAAAUGUCACGACUCCGCCAAGAAUAUGGCCUUCUUGGUUGGCAUGGAGGAAGGCGCCGACCUCGUCGCUUCCGUUCAGGGAUAUUACGGGAUCACCACGAGACAGACGCUUCCGGUGCACAGCCCGUACGAGAACGGCCACAACGAUGACGAUACCGACGAGUUUGUUGUUAACAACGACUUUCCCUUCAAUAAACUGAUGCCGCCCGCAUACUCCGGUCACCACCGCGUCAUUCGUGUCGGAUGGAACUACACGAAGAACCGAGACGCAGGUUUCAAUGCAGAGGUAGACCUGUCGAGAGAUCUCUCUGAUCACGAGAGCUGGCCAUCGAAGGUUGAAAACGAUAUCAGCGUAAACGGUGAGAGCGAUGUGGCGAACACCAAGCCUUACCGCGUACCCAACGGCAUCGUCAGCAUCAUCAACAAUAACAACAACAACACCAACAGCAUCGUCAGCAUCAUCAACAACAACAACACCAACACCAACAGCAGCGACAGCAGUAGCAACCACGAUCAGUACGCCUCUAGCUGGCGCUCUCUCUCCGGUUGCUCCCCCACGCCGCAGCCACGCACGGCGAACGGCUACCACCACCACGCCAAGUGGCGCGGCAGCGCGUCGGAGAGCGACACGGACACGUACAGCACGUCGACGAGCGAGAGCCCGACCCACGGCCGCGUGUCGCUCUCCUCCGGCUCUCCUCCCGCCUCUCCGCGCCUCUGCUCCUCCUCCUCGUCCUCAGCCUCCGAGGAGAAGCAGAAGCGCUCGUCGAUCGCGUCGACGAGCAGCUUCCUGAUGGCAGCGCUGGAUGCGGACAUCUACGGAGCGGCGGGGCUUCCUGAGCGUCUGCGCGGAGACGCCGAGAAGAUGAAGCGUGCCUCGGUGGCGUCGACUAGCAGCUUCCUCAUGGCGGCGCUCGAUAGCAGCGACGGAUGCUGCGAAGCGGGAGAGGUCAAAGUUCACCUGCUGCAGCAGAGCGACGGCGAUGACAUCAUCGACCUGACGCCCGCCGCCGCUCCUCCACCUCCUCCUCCUCCCCCUCCCCCGCCGCCGCCGCCAGCUUCCUCUCUGCCACCGCCACCUCUUCCGGAGGGGCUGGGAAGCGAGCAUGCGGAGGUGUGCCAGCCGCCAGGAGAGUUCAUGGAUGGAAGCACGCAGGCGGCAACGACGAGUCAAGAGAAGCAACUAGGCGAUGACGUCACACCUGACCUGCCAGCACCGAUGCUCGACGUAUCGAUGAUGCAGAGCAUUGAUGAUUACAUCACCUCGCUCAUCGUGCCGCCGCCACCCAGCAACGAACGCAACAGCCCCGUCGCCUCGCGCAUGAUGCAGCUCGAAGAUGCAACCCUGCGCAGCGGCGAUCACGCGCGUAGAGGCUACGCCGAGCUUGCGCAGAGCCCGACCGCUGAUACUCAGGGUACGGGUGCACAGGCUACAGACAGUGAUGUCCGACAGAUUUCAGGCAGCGAAGAUAAGCAGCCAGCGGGUAGUGAGAGUAGGCAGCUUUUAGGCAGUGAGAUUAGGCAGAAUUCAGGUGGUGAGAGUAUGCAGCCUGUAGGUAGAGAGACCAGGCAGCCUUUAGGCAAUGACGUUGUGCAACAUUUCGGCAGUGAUAUUAGACAGAUUUCAAGCAGUGAGAUUAGACAGAUUUCAAGCAGUGAGAUUAGACAGAUUUCAAGCAGUGAGAUUAGACAGAUUUCAAGCAGUGAGAUUAGACAGAUUUCAAGCAGUGAGAUUAGACAGAUUUCAAGCAGUGAGAUUAAACAAAUUUCAAGCAGUGAGAGUAGGCAGCCUUUAGGCAGUGAGAGUAGGCAGCCUUUAAGUAGUGAACCGAGGCAGAUUUCAGGCAGUGAAGGCGAGAAAUCUCCAGAACUGCUGCCACAGUUUCAUCAGGAUGAAGCCACCGCAGGCUCGGUCAACACGCUCGCUACCGUUAUACGUAUCCAGCCGUCAACAAGCAGCAAGGCCGACGGCAGCGGCGACAGCAAGGUCGGCAAGUCGAACUUCCGUCGAGUCAUUCCGAGACCCGCCCGCAAACUCGCCGCGCCACCAAUCGUCGCCAAGUCGCGACCGACGGCAAACGACGUCCGGUGUAUGGACGGAUCCGUGCCUGACGCCGACGCAAAGAGCGUGAAAGUUAACGAGGUGGCCUGCAGUCGUUCGAACGUAAACGCAACGCAAGAGGGCGCUGCAAACCCACCCACCGCGAGACCGUCGCUGCUGCCGGCGUGCCGGGUGGAGACGAAAUCGUUUGCGAACGCCGGGAAACCGGUGCCGCCUCCGCGACGCGCCACGACGCGAGCGACCGCGCCGUCGAAGGUUGCUGCUAUAGCGAAGCCCGUUGCCAUGGCGAAACCCGUUGCCAUGGCGAAACCGAUGCCUCGGCGUCCGACCGAGGAAUCGCAGCUGCCACAGCCGAGUAAGAUGCCAACGCGCGGCUCCUCGUCCGGGAGUCUAUCUCCACAGCGGACUGUAAACGGCAGGCAGAGUAGCGCAGUAAAGUCUCACCAUGUGCAGAGCCCGCCGCCGCCGCCGCUGCCAGCCGUGACGUCGCCGCCAAGGACUUACGAGAUCCCAGCGAGGAAGCCCACGGCUUCCUCUGCAUCGGAAACCUCCCCGAGGAAGCCUCCCUCCUACUCGUCCUCGUCAUCAUCAUCCUCCUCGCUGGCCGCCGCCUCCGCUACCUCAUCCACCUCAAAGCACCCUCGCAUCAGCAACCCCCGCAUACGCCGGCUCAGCAACGACCGAUUCGGAUUCCGGCGUCCGGAACCGAAGCCCGGAGUCGGCGAGGCGGGGGCGAACGUUCAGCGCGUGUCACCGAGCGCCCCGACAACGACAGCGACAACAAACCGCAGCGAGCUCCCACAGCGCCCUCAGGCGGCGAGCAGCCUGCCGCAGCCGUCUGGCGGAGGCAGGGCGACGAGUCAGCAACCGAUGAAGAGGUUUCUCUCCACCGAUCAUCUGCUGGGUGAGCGACCCGCCAUGUCGUCGCCACGGCAACGGUCGUGCUCCGUCGACGACGCGCUCUCCGAUCCGCAGCCUCCUCCUCCGAAUACUCCACUAUUCGAGGAGCGGCGGCAGGGGAGACCCCGCAAGCUGCAGUACGUGUCGCCCUACCAGCACCAGCAACAACAACAGCAGCAUCAGCACCAGCAACAACAGCACCAUCAGCAGCAGCAACAGUAUCAACAACAACAGCAGCAGCAGCAACAGCAGUACCAGCAACAGCAGCAGUAUCAGCAGCAUGUCGUCGACGUUAACAGCCUGAGUCCCGCUAGUUCCUCCGGCAGCAGCGGCGGCGGCGCGGCCGUUAACUCCUUCAUCUCUGCCUCGCGUCGCGCCAAGUACUACACGGUCAGUCACGCGGGACAGCAGCAGCAGCAGCAGCGCUGCAGGCUGCCGAUAGAGUGGGAUGGAUACCACCGGGGCGGCGGCGGCGGCGGCAGGCCCGUCGAGUUCUCCACGCGCUCCCCGUCGCCCGUCGACUUCACGGACUUCGACGUGACGUUGCCGCUAGAGGGCGACGCGGCGAGCAGCCGGCUGCCGCGCAUGCGCGUGCGGCAGGUGAAGCAGCGAGCGCAGCAGAAGGCGGGCACGGUGGCCGUGCGACCGCCGCGCUCGCGUUCUGAGAACCGCGUCUAUAACGCGCGCGACCUUCGCCCCGCCGACGACUCGCCACGCCGCGGCGCGGCGCCCUACGACCGCCAGCGACACCUAUCGGAUCCGGACAGCCUGCACCGCGGCGGACAGCGGCUGUACGACGGGCCGCACGCGUUCGACGUCGCCUACCACGACAUCGACAUUCUCAUUAAGGAGCACGUCGACAGCGCACCGACGGCGCCACCUGUCGUCGCGCUGCGCAAUGAGCACGUGUUUCGCGAGCAGCUCUUCUCUGCGUCGAAGUGUUUCGUCGCCGAGUCGAAGCUACUCGUCAGCCUAGCGAUGAAGAGCGGAAGCGUCGACGGCGGCCUCGACGGCGACGGCGGCGUCAGCUGUCAGCUGGACACGUGCAUGGCGCUGCUAUCGCGCAUGCUCUACUCUGCCGGGGUGCUACUCCCCACGAUCCCCUCCCCCGCGCUAGCCUUUGAUCUCGCCGCGCAGGCGCGUGAUGUCGCGCAGACGUUCCGAGCCGCGCUUCUGUCGGUGAAGGCGGCCGUCGCGGCGGCCGAUGACGUCAUCGGCGGUCGCUCGGCGAGGGACGGCAUGCAACCGCUGCUGCAGCAGGCCGCGAACCUGGCGACCUCUCUCGGCGUGUUCAUGCGAACGCUGCGCGCAACGGAAAAUCGCUACGAGUUGGUGUUGCACCACGUGUAAUGUCUGUGUGCGUGCGUGUGCGUGCGUCCGUGCGUACAUUUGAGUGUAUGGAUAUAUGUGUGUGCGGGUGUGUAUGCGUGUGUGUGUGUGCGCGUGCGUGUGCGUGUGUACGAAAUCUGUAUGUACAUGUGUGCUGGCGCGUUCGCGUGCGCUUAUAAUAGUAUGAUUAUAUGCAGGGAAGACCCUCUAACUGCGUCUGGUGCGUGAGCUUUGUUCAGCAACUAUCGCUCUCAGGUGACGUCUAUACCUGCCGUCGUAUAAGACAUUUUAUUCUAUAAGAGAUUAGAAUCGAAUACGUAGAAUAUACUGGUAAUUUUAGCGCCGUGCGUAAAGUAACGUUAGAUGAAGCUCUCUCUCGCUCUCUCAGUUGUGUUUUAGGCACAGUGACAUUGUGGUGGUGUUCGCCGGGCCGUUACUUUCAUCGACAUAAGCAAUAAUGUGUAAAUAAGGAAUCAACGCGAGUUCAGUGGGUGAUUAGAGAACGAUUAUAUCAGUGUACGCGGCUAGCUGUCAAAUACGCCUUGACCGUGGGAAGUGGCCGUUGGACCCACUUACCAAAAUGUAAUUAUAUUAGCGUCGUCAUCUUCGGCGGCCAUGUUUAUAAUACAACGCAAGUACACAACAAUAUUUUUAUUGCAGAUAUUUUUACGAGUAGCUGCCUCGAGCAGCCGAAUGUAUAUUUAAUGCAGAAACGAUUGGGGACCGAAAUUGCAGAUUUAAUAAAAAACAUUUUAUGUUGUUACUACAUUUA